CUGAGCUGCUCAAAGCUACAGCAGCAACUGGCUGCAACACAACAUUAACACUGAACAGUAUCAUCUGGUUAGGUUUUCGAUUCGACUGCCAUCACCAUGACUGAAAGCAGACUCAUCGUCAUGAACAGGACUUUGACUUUUAUCGCAGCAUUUUGCUCCGUCGCGCUGGGAUCGUCAGACUUUCAUCUCAUCAAUCUUACAAAGUCCUACGAUGAAGCAAAGAGCUAUUGCAGAGAGAGAGACACUGACUUAGCAACAGUUCACAACUCGACAGACAUGAACAGUUUGAUCACUCUAAUUUCAAACUCGAUUGAAACAGCCUGGAUAGGACUGGAGAUUGGGGAAGUCUGGAUGUGGCACUGGUCUCGGCCUUAUCAAAAAACUGACUUUUUUAACUGGAAGGCAGGACAACCACAGGACGAACAAAGAGACACAUGUGCAGCAAUGGAUCAGGCUGGCAAGUGGUUUGAUAGUGACUGUAAAAUUAAAAGAAGCUUCGUCUGUCAUGGCAGUGGUGAUGCCAGCAAACCCAUGUAUGUUCCCCAGAAGAAAUCAUGGAGGAACGCUCAGAGUCACUGCAGGGGCCUGUCGUCUGAUCUGGUUAGCAUACAAUCAGCAGAAGAGAACACAGCAGUGCACAGUGUGUCUGAAUCGCAAGAUGUAUGGAUCGGCCUCUUUAAAGACCCUUGGAAAUGGUCUGAUGGCAGUAAUUCAUCAUUUCGUUUCUGGAGACCCAAUCAGCCCAAUUACAAGACAGAUCAGCAUUGUGUCGUUGCUUUGUUUAGAGUUGACGGGAAGUGGAAUGACAUAAAAUGCAAAAGAAAAAUCAAUUUCAUUUGCCGUGGGGCAAUGAAAUUAAUCCCGAUAACAACCAUCACUCAAAACAGCACACAGGGGAGCAGUACGCCGAAUGAGGAGUCAACGAAUUCGAGUCAAGGAGUCAUAGUGACACUUCACUUCACCGUGGCCACUAACAAUCAAUCGAACACUACUAAUGUUACGACCACAGCUUCAACAACGACGACACUGAAUACCACAGAUUCAGUGUCACACGCCUCAAGCACUGGGCCCAACACCGCCGCUACAGAAACAACAACGCAGCCGCCCCCAGAGACUACUGCAACCACAUCAUCAACACCGAAUGAAACUUCAGCAACACAUUCCUCAACUCCAAGUUCACAUCCGGAAGGCCUGAUACUAAUCCAGAAAAACAUGACGUGGAUCGAAGCCAUGAGUUACUGCAGACAGCAUCACAUCGACCUCAUCCACGUCACCACCAGAGACAUUCAGGACAAAGUGGCGGAAAAGGCAAAGAACGCCACGACGGCCCACGUUUGGCUGGGUCUGCGCUACACCUGUAACUUUAAGUUUUGGUUCUGGACAAAGUCGACUUCUGGCUGUUACCAGAACUGGGUGGCGGGAGAAGGAUCGGAUGGGGAAUACGAAUGUGGCGUCAGUGGCGCCAUUCAGGCCACUGGGGGGCAGCAGUGGGUAGGCUUGAACGAGACAGAACGGCUGAACUUCAUCUGCUACACAUGUGGAGGAUAAGGACGGCAGACCAGUGACACUUGAGAUGACCAAAAUGUUGUGUGAAAAAAAUCUUCAUAAAAUGUUAAAAUAUGUAUAUGUGCAGUUCUUGAUUUCACAAACUGACUAUUUUCAACAUCAAACCAGUGAAGCUUCACGGCUGUUUCCACGCUAACGCAUGACAUCAUACUAAUACCUUUGUUGGAAUACAGCUGCCUUCUCUAUUGUGGAGACUGAAUUUCAUUAAAUAUGGAAGCGUUAUGUGGCGUGUAGGCGUGCACGUUCACAGACAUGGGAAGCGAGAGUAAUGUGAGAAAAUUGAUCUGCUCUGCGCUUUUCACUCGGGGGGUUACUAUUUGCAUAUUGACCCCCUGGACUGGGGGCCCCAAGAUUGUCCUUUUUUUAGACCACCAUGCCCAGUUCGGGCCCCAGCGUAGACUGCCUGCUGCCCCCACUGACCUGACCUUCACUAGCAGCCACAGACACAGCUUACAGACGCUCACCUUCCUGUCUGCACACUUGAGGUGGAUGGAGGAUCUUAAAAGCAUCGGGAAAAGACAUUAAAAAGCAUCUUUUAAUAUCGACAACUGUAUCUAUACAACAACAUGUCGAGUAUUUGUCUCAACGAGUUGUUUUGAGUGAUAAUUUUUGACAUUUCAUCAGUGCUUGUAUAUGUCUGCUGCUCUUUUUUUCAUCUUUUCUUACAACUCUCACACCACAAAACAGUUUUUAAAAGUUUUUUGUCUUGUUUUUUUAAUUGUAACUCCUUGUUCCUGUAUAAAGAGUGUUUAAUUGUCACCUGGCACAUUCUAGAAACUUUGUUCCUCGACAUGAAACAAGAUAUAUUGUGACAAAUAAAAAAAAAAAACAAAGGA